AUGGAAGAAAACAAAGAUCCGCCUCAAGAUGAACCUGACAUUGAUAUAUUUCCUGCACCUCCAAUGUUUAUUUACAAGCAAUUCGAGGCAGGUCCAAAUGUGUUGGAUCCUCCAAAUUUAGAAGUUGUGCGCCAAAGGAAUCAUUCUUAUUGACUUUUUGGAGAAAAUAUUCGAUUUGAUAAGCAAGAGCCAGGCCUUGAACAAUUCGGCGUCAAAGAACUCUUCAAAAGGAAGGAUCUCAAGAAGAAUUAUGAGAAAGCACUUUUAAGAAUCGUAUUUGAAAUGCAUGAGGCUAGCAUUGGUCUCUUCACAUUUUUAAGAGAAAACCCUUCAAAAGUACAUUUGAAGCUGGAGGAUGUCAGACUUAUGGCGAAUAAUCUAUUUUAUUUACUAAAUAACCUCAGAAGAAAGCAGAGUUUAUUGUACCUUGAAGCGAAGCUGAAGCACCAGAUUGAGAUGAGAAAGUCCGCUAUUAACAAGAUAACAAAGAAAGUUAAUGAGCUCAAGGCUAUAUGAGAUGAACAGUAAAUUCAGCAAAUUUA